CGGCGGCAGUCAGCAGCCAGUGAUCGAGAGACGACCGCGGCGCGCGCGCGUUAGUGUCCGGCCAUGCGGCGCCCGUGAUGCACGCUUACACGUUCACCAACAUGUCACCGCGCUGCAGUCUCAGAUCUUUUGCGCUGAGCGUCGUGGUUCUGUUAGCUGUAAUUUGUACAGAAGUGAGCGCGUUCGCAAUCAGAAGCUCCUUCAAUACAACGAGCACGCCCGCGCUAGACCUCGCUGUAGACGAGAGUCUGCAGCUCGAGGUCAGACGUGACUUCAAAAUACCUAAUGAUUUAAAGGCAGAAACUUCUAAAAAAAGUAAUGAAGUUCCCGCAUUCACUACCGAUUUACCGCACAGUAGCAAUGCCUCGACCUCAACAUUUACCCAAAUAACUACCACAAUGAAGUACAAUUCCGAUGUCAUCGCGGAAGCAAUAAGAAAUAAUAUGACUACAAAAAAUAACCUUUCUGAAAGAAGUGUGUUAAAGGUAAACAACACAGUAAAUUUUGAUACCGAUACAACCAAAACUCCGAUCGUGUCCGAACCGGUGGCCAUUACAGAGAACUCUACUGCUCAAAAUUACCUCAACGUGACUGCAACGACACAACAACCGGCGGAUAUGGACAACUCCAUGUCACUAUCUGUUGAAAAGAUUAAUGUUAGAGCACUUAAUGACACCUUUGACGAUUUGAGUACUGAACUAAACAACACAGUUAAACAAAUAGCUGCGCGGGACCAGCUCGCAAAUAAAUCUACACAGAAUGUAAACACUUUAGCAGAAAAAAAUAUAUCUCUAUCACCCAUUGUUAACAGUAGCGAUUACGAUGAUAUUACUACUAAUUUUACUUCGCGGAGAAAAUACACAGUUAUAGAUAGGAUAUUAAAAUUGUCAAAGAACGAGACAGCAGCUCCGGCCGAUAAUAAAGCAGAAUCUCUGGUGUCUCUGACUUCGACUACAUCUGAUGAGGUUCUAAGGAGAGUGGCGACGGAGUACCCUACGGUGACGACACCGAUGCCGCGGCUGGACUUCGUGCCUGGUACUACCAGUUAUCCAGAUAUACUUGUAACGCAAGAAAUAGAAAAUAUAACAAACUCUUUCGAAGUAUCAAUACAAAAACCUAAAUUCGAAUCGUUGUCAUCAAAACGAGCUGGAUUUUUAAAUCAUUCAUCGAAAUCUAAACAAAACGAGUCAACGGGUGAAAAUGUUACAACCGAGACUGCCUACAGAGAUCACACGACAAUAGCACUUGAAAAUAAUUUUGACGCAUACACUGGUCCAAAUGUCGCUGGGAUAUCCAAAUCGCAGAGUUAUUUAGAUGAAGACGCGAUUAAAGAAGAAAUGCUUCAAGAAACGUCGCUUAAAAAUAACGAGGAAAUGGCUCAACAAAAUCACGAAGGCAGUAUAAAUGAUACUGAUACCACAUUCUCUUUUCUGGAACAAUUCGGCUUCUUUACGUCAACACAAGAUUUGGAAGGAACCGUGCAAACUAACACUGAGGAAAUUAUUAAUACCAAGCCUUCUCAAGAUAAAAGUAAAAGCACCAUUGUGUACACAGUGAGUCCGAACUACAAACCUAUGAAGAAACUUGAGAUCCAACCACCAAAACAAUUUGUUAGGGACCCAGAUGACAACAGCUGGAGAAAUGAGAGCAUUAGUUCCCUAGGGAUAGUUUUCAAACCAAAAAAUUCUUCGAAACCUUUCACUCAAGUCUUGAAAAACAAGACAGAGACCGAAUGGAGUAAUUUACUAAGUAGAGAUAGCAAAAGUGAUGUUCCCGACCUAAGAGAAAGAUUGGAGAAAAUAGCUCAGAGGCGCAAGACCAAAAAGAACAAGACAGAUUUCUUCGGAAACGUAAUUUAUAGUGACUACGAGGAAACCAAUAGUUCCGAAGAAGUGACCAACAACCGAAAUAUUGAUUUCACUCAAACAGUAGAAAGUAUUUUGGAAGAUACGACCAUCCCAAAUGUACUGUCAGAAACAGUAAAGGAGUUGUCUACGUUGGGUUUGACUACGACGCCAACCACAUCGACAACCCCCGCAACCACAGCUGCUGCAGCCGUACAUGAAACUACAGAGUCGAAAAUAAAUAUUAGUUCCACAGCGACGACAACACAACUAAAAGUUUCUAGUAAAGUUCUUAAUAGAACAAAAGAGACAUUGUCCAAAAAGGGAAAAUACAAUUCUUCUGCGACUGACAAAGAACGGAAAUAUUUUAAUGUUUUUGAUUACUAUGAUAUUCCUAAUGAGGACGAAUCGGAGUAUUUACAGUUGGCAAAGUUAGAACUAAAAAAAUACUCCGUUCCAAAUUACGUGACACAGAGACCUUUGGUUACGACUACACCUUUGCCUUAUCGAUUUACUAAGCCGGAGACGAUGUCUAUGCCCGAAAGAAAGGCAACAAUACAAUACUUCCCCCCGAGAAUUAAUACUCAGCAGCCGAAACCGAAUAGAUUUGAUAAUGACGUUAAAGCUAAAAUUAAAUCCCAUACAAAAAUAUCAUCUCCGAAAGAAGUGACGUCAUUUACACUCACCAAUGCGCCGGAUACUCCGUUAGGCAAAUACAGUUCAAGGUAUCAAGAGGACCAACGCAAUGUACAUCCUACUCAUGUCAAUACUAUGACACCGAUCGAGGCACCGAACAUGUACAACGCAAAUGACUAUACAAGAUAUCUCUCGCACACUGAACCCCCGAGGAUACCUUCGGAGCAAAAGACUAGAUUCGGGACCAACGACCACACGGAAGGCUUCCACAGGGCGUCCUACAUGAUGAAGAAUUACAAAGAUUUCAUAGAGCAAGCCGCCAAGGAUUACGACUACGAAAGAGACGCGGGCUUGAUGACGUACACGCCGCCGCCGGCGCCCGCCAGAGGCGUCACCAUCAGCGACCUGCUGGCACAGGAGAGAGACAGACCGAACACAAACUUUAACGAGGACUACGACGCGAAGUUCCGCAAGGACGUCCUGCAGAGAUUCGUGGACAACUUCAACCAUAACGACGCGCGUUACCAAGCCAACUUCCCCGUGCUGUACAACAACACGGUGAUGCACGUGAACAUGGCGGGCAACGGCGAGGCGGCGGCCGCGUCUCGCGCCUUCCUCAAGGGCCUGUACAGCCCGGUGAAGCCGAGGUCGGGGUACGCGCGCCGCGAGCCCUACGACCCCGCCUGCGACAACGUGACGGUGGAGCUCUCGCCCGCCUACGAGCUGCACUACUACGUGCCAGAGCAGGAGGAGAAGGAGGAGAUCGAGUCCAAGCCGGUCAGUUAGCCUCCACCCCAUUCUCUCUAUAACUCUGCAUCUCAACUCGUCGACUUAACAGUCAGUGAUUCGCGAUGCUAACAACGCCUGGUUUAUUUUGUAAUAAAAAAUAUAUUACUGUACAUGCCU